UGGUGAUGCAAGAAGUUUCUAGGAAAGCGCUACCAGAAGUGGGCAGGAUGUCUUGCUUGGCCGACAGCUGCAUCCAGUUCACGCGCCACGCCAGCGACGUCCUGCUCAACCUGAACCGCCUCCGCAGCCGGGACAUCCUCACCGACGUGACCAUCCUGGUCAGCCGGCAGCAGUUCCGGGCGCACAAGACCGUCCUCAUGGCUUGCAGCGGGCUCUUCUAUACCAUCUUCACCGACUCGCACAAGUGCAACCUCAACGCCAUCAGCCUGGACCCCAAAGUGGACCCGGAGGGCUUCGCCAUCCUGCUGGAGUUCAUGUACACAUCCAGGCUGGCGCUCAGGGAGAGUCUGAUCGUGGCCAUCAUGAACACCGCCGUCUAUCUGCAGAUGGACCAUGUGGUGGACACCUGCCACCGCUUCAUCAAGUCCAGUGAUCCGACUGGUAAGCUCCCCAGAGACGAGUUCCUGGUGAGUCCGCUAGUUCUGCCCCAGGACGUUCACGCGUACCGGCCCCACGAUGUUGUGGACGCGUUGCACAGCCGCGUGGCACCCUUCAGAGACGUGCGGCCGACGUACACCUCCGGCAUGCUGAAUGGCGUCAGCACACCUGGCAACUACCAUCUCUACGGGCAGUUCCCCAUGCCGGGGUUCCCCUUCCCUCUCUGCAAGCUGACAGAUGCCAAGACCGCGUUCGGCGACCUGUCGCGGAGCGCGAUCCACCACAAGCACCCGCACGACGCCGCCGCGAUCAGCAGGGCCGAGUACGCCCGAGCGGUGGGAUCCUCCGGAGUCCUGCACGCCGCAAACUUCGCCCCCAGGGAGUUGGGGCGGGAGGACGAGGUGAAAAAGGAAAGCCACGAGGGGCUCGGGCUACCACUGGGCCUCGGUGGAAGGAAACGGGUGUACCCCAUGUUGACCUUGGACCACCACAAAGACAAAGAGCACGUCCCGCCGGCCGAGGAGGACUUGAUCCACCACCACUACCCGCUCGGGAUCUCCUCGGCCGGCCGCAAGAGCCUCAUGAGCAGCCCGCAGAGCCCCCUCAAGUCGGACUGCCAGCCCAACUCCCCAACCGAGUCCAGCAGUAGCAAGAACGCCGGACUCUCGCAGGCCGCCUCCGGGGCGCAGCAGGCGGCGGCGGGCACGCAGGACCCCAAAGCCCGUAACUGGAAGAAGUACAAAUUCAUCGUGCUCAACCAGAGCGCCAGGGAGGACGAGGCCGGCCUGCGGGACCCGGGCCUGUGCUCGCCUCAGCGCUUGGGCCUGCAGCCGUACCUCCACCCGGGGGACUCGGACAACCCGGAGGCGCAAAACACAAGGAAGGGCGUCGAGGAUCAUCCCGUGCCGCAGACCAGCCGACUGAACAACAUCAUCAGCAGUGCACUGGACGGGUCCCUGAGGAACGCCGAGGCCCAGCACCCGUCGCGGUACCUGAACCGGCUCAACUGCUCGUCGUGCGGCGCCCAGUCCCCGCAGCACUCCGAGGUCUGCCCCUCCCGAUCGCGGCUGGGCGAGGACAUGGUCGAGAUGCACUCGGAGUACUCCGACUCCAGUUGUGAAAACGGCACCUUCUUCUGCAACGAGUGCGACUCCAAGUUCGCCGAGGAGGAAGCGCUGAAGCAGCACGCCCUGCAAGUCCACAGCGACAAGCCCUACAAGUGCGACCGAUGCCAGGCUGCCUUCCGCUACAAGGGCAACCUCGCCAGCCACAAGACCGUCCACACGGGCGAGAAGCCGUACCGCUGCAACAUCUGCGGCGCUCAGUUCAACCGACCAGCCAACCUCAAGACUCACACUCGCAUCCACUCAGGAGAGAAGCCAUACAAAUGUGAGACGUGCGGCGCUCGCUUCGUGCAGGUGGCCCACCUGCGAGCCCACGUGCUGAUCCACACGGGCGAGAAGCCGUACCCCUGCGAGAUCUGCGGGACGCGCUUCCGCCACCUGCAGACCCUUAAGAGCCACCUGCGCAUACACACCGGCGAGAAGCCCUACCACUGUGAGAAAUGCAACUUGCACUUCCGCCACAAGAGUCAGCUGCGUCUGCACCUGCGGCAGAAGCACGGCGCCAUCACCAACACCAAAAUCCAGUACCGCGUUUCCACCGACGCCAUCCCAACGGACCUGACCAAGGCCUGUUGAAAUGGACAAAACGCCGCAAUGGACAGCUUCGCCCCCGCCACUCCCCCAAUCCCCCACAAAGCUCGUGUACAAUCAUCCAGAAACGCUAGUGCUGGCCGUUUUCCGUUUCCGCCAAACACAUCUUGGCUAAAUUUGGAACACAUUAAAAUUGAAUGGAUUGGUAGCAAGUACAGUACAGCCUCGGUUUUCAAACGGAAAAUUUUGAGAUCUUUUUUUUUUUUGCUUCUGUUUUUGUACGAAAAUCGGUACUCGAACGCCCCCAACAAAACCCGGAAAUAACAGAACACGUGCGGCCCGACCGGGUGACCCACCCACGACGCGCUUUGUUAUUGUCAAUUCGAACGAACCCCCCCGAAAAAAAACCCGGAAAUAACAUAAAUCGCGCGGCGGUUGAUUCGGUUUUCGAACAAAUCGGUUUUCGAACCGCCUUCUGGAACGGAUUGUGGCCGAGAACCGAGGCUCUACUGUACUUAAGAUCUCCCGCGUGGGCCGGAAGGGGUACCCAUUUCUUCAGUUCUGAUGAAGUUACGUCAAAUUCCACAGUGAGUUAAUGUCAUUCGAAAGAGUCAAAACUCAAAAUGUCGUCCGAUAUCGUGUUCAAAUUUUGCACUUUAGUAGCAGUACUGUAGAUCUCCAUCCGUCGCUACACAGGCCAAAAAUGUGAUAACAUUAAUGUUGAUGAAGUAAGGCCAAAUUUCCUUUUUUUGUGCACCGAACACAGGUAGCAGUCUUAUUUAGACCACUUUGUCAUUUUACACAUCAGUAGCAAUUCUGGAGAGCCAAAAAUACUGUUGACGGUGGCCCGUGAAUCAAAACGACGGUUUCCGCAAUAUUUUUCCAAUUGCUUUCAUUUCUUUUACCCUAGUACCGUAAUUUCUGGCCUACAGAGCGCACCUGAUUAUAAGCCUCACCCAGUACAUUUGGAAAGGAAAUACCAUUUGGUACAUACAUAAGCCGUACCUGUGUAUAAGCCGCUAGUGCCCACAUUGAAACACGAGAUAUUUACAAAAAAAGUACACAGAGUUUUCAUACUUUUAAUACCUUAUCUUGGCUUAACAUAGCAACAACACGGUAGCAUGAACCGGGCUGGUAAAAAAAAAAAAAAAAUGUAGCGAAAUCACUGAGACGUGCCGCUAAUGCUAGCAUGGCGCUAACAGGGCCAGUUAAAAAAAAACAUACUGGUAAAAAUCACUGAGACACAGCAGUAACACAGCAGCAACAGGCUAGCGCAGCGCUAACAGGGCCGGUUAAAAAAAAAAAAAAACAUACCGGUAAAAGUCACUUCCUCGGCACAUAUAUUCCACCGGUUUCACUCUUACCUUACCUUCUUAGGCCGGAAAUGACGGUACUCAAGAUGGACGCCUUUUCUUCUUUUGUGUCACCCCGCCAUCCAAAGUUAUUCGUCUUAUUCCGAUCAUGUUAACCCACGGGUGUCAAACUCAAGGCCAGGGGGCCAGAUCCGGCCGGCCGCAUGAUUUUAUGUGCAAAGGCAAAUCAUAUGCGUCGACUUCCGUGAUUCUUGUUCAAAUCUGAACAAAAAUGUACAUUGAGAUAUUGCAAGCAUUUUUGACUUCCGGUAGUGGAAAAACCCAUUACCCUUGAUUUCUUCUUCCAAAACCAGUUCAUCAAUUUCGGGAGUAAAUACGAUGACGUGAUUAAAGGUUUUUAUGAUUUCAGUCAUAACGGGCCUCUAAGGGAAACAAUGUGGACCAUUCCAAAAACGUUUAACCCCUUUGUGUUAAAAUUUCACAAGUUAGUAGCAGUACUCAAUCUCAAAAUAAGACUAAAAUGCUUUCACUUUUUUCACUUGAGGUCAAAGGUGUCAAACUCAUUUUUGGCGCGGGCCACAUUGUAGUUCCAAUUUCCCUCAGAAACCAUAAAAAUCUUUAAUCGUCUCCCUCAAACUUACUGACAAAAUUUCUGGAAUAGUUUUGGAAUCCGAAAACUGUGUUUUUCACCCAUUGUUUAUGUUUGGUGACACAAAAAUGCUAAUAGCAUCUAAAUGAAAUCAUUUAUGAUGUACGACAGAUAUUUAGAACAGAUUGUCACAAAAAUCAUAGAAGUUGAUUUGCCACCACGGGCCACAUAAAAUCAUGUGGCGGGGCAGAUCUUGCCCCCGGGCCUUGAGUUUGGCACCAAUGGUUUGGGUGAAGUCAUUUGAAAUUCUUCACGCUGCUUUUCGGACAUGUAAAAAUGUCAUCUGACGUUUCAAAAAAAAAAACAUUGCUGUGCAGUUAACACUGGUCACAGUUUUAUUCAGUUCACAUCACAAAUUUGACAAGCGACUAGCUAGACUUGUGAUCUCUGCUAGCAUGCUGCUAGCUAAAAAUCAUACAGUUUUCUUUAAGUUUGAAGUUACUCCAUAGUUGUCGAGUCAGUGACAUUUAAAAGACACUGUGUUCACUGAACAAACAAAAAUGCUUGUUUCCAUUUUGUUUUUACGCAGAAUAUAGGUCAUUUUUUAUUCCAAACGUUAAAAUUUCAAACAGUAGCAGCGGUACACUAGAUCGCGACACAAGCCAAAAAAAUGACAACGUUCUUGCACGUCAAUGCGACAUCCAUUUAAAAAAAAAAAAAAAAAAGGAAUACAGCUUUACAGCGAUAUUUGGAUGAUGUUCAAGUUUUGUAUGCCAUCAGCUGUACUCAAGAUGUCCAUGUGGACCAAAAAAAAAAAAAAAAAAAUGUACGGGCAGCGGCCAUCUUGCUCCCCGCCAACUUUUUGACGCGUACAAUCAUUCGAGACGCUAGCGCCGCAACUGUGUUCGGACAAAUCAAAAUGGCGCUGUUACGCUUACAAGCCGGGGGGUAAAAUAAAAGAGGAGAGAAAAAAAAACGGGUUUCCACUACAUGUGAACGUACAGUCACUUUAUGGUUUAUAUAAUACGUACAAAUCUAUAUAAUAACUAUGUGUAUGUACGUACGUGUUUCUAAACUUUGAAAGUACGCGUGAAAAAGCUUUAUUUUGUCAAAGGAUGGAAUGUAAAAAAAAAGUGAUUUUUCAGGAGCAGAUUAAAAAAAAUACAGUAUUUUAUAUCAGAGAAAUUAAUUUUCUGGAAACAUUGACUGACAAGUGGUUGAGUAUAUUUUAAAAAUAAAAGGGGAAUUGUCUACAUUUUUAAGCACUGUUGUGAAAUGAGUUGAAAAAAAAAAAGUACAAAAAUUGAAAAUUUUGUCCGACAACCGCUUAUGCAUGAGCCACUCACUUGAGGGGUACGAUUAUAAAUAUAUUGUGACAUAAUUAUUGCGUAUUUAUACAUAUUUGUGGGAUUGUCCUCUGCGGGCGGAGCCAAUCGUCUUUGAUGUUUAAUUCAAUUUCAACGUAUUUGUAUAGGUGUUUACUUUCUUUUUUUCAGCUUGUCGUUGUUGUUUUUUUUUUUUGUUUUUCAUAAGUGAAGGUUUACAGUUUUUGGUCAUUGUUAUCGCUCCCGACGUACAGUUGUGUAGUUGUCACUUUGUACAUAUACACUGUGGAUUCAAUGUGCCUUUUCUCCACGGCAACGCAAUUCAGCUCGAUUUAAGGUACAACCCCCCCCCCACCCCUCCGUGUGUGUAUGUUUGUAUGAAUGUGCGUGUAUGUUUUUCAAAUGCUUAGUCAGCAACCUUCAAAAACAUGCAAAAUGUAUCAUUGUAAAUCUUUUUGGAUUGGGAUUUUCUAAUGCAAUUGACAAAACUUGUACAAUGUCCUUUGAUGUAUGAAUGUAAAAUAAAGGUAUUGGAUUUCUAUGUAUGAAUGAGCGGACAUGUUUUUUUUUUCUUCCCUAGAAAAAUUUAUAAACUAUCAUGAUAGAAAAGUAAAAUUACACGUUAUAAUAUGAGAGGAAAAAAAUUUUAAUGCUUACUAAUUUUUACUUUAAAAAAAGUGGAUUUUUUUUUUUACUUAUAACUGUCAUUAAAUAUUUUGUUUCCUGAAAUCACCUAAAAACUUUACCUUGAAAAUUUGCAACUUUAUCUGGUUAAAGAUUAAAU